UAUUCACCCCCUGGAGAGAAGGGAGAGAAGGGAGUCAUCGGGCUUCCUGGACUGCGGGGAUUUCCUGGCCCCCAGGGUCCACCUGGCUACCCCGGAUCACAGGGACCUUCUGGGAACGCCGGACUUCCUGGCCUGAUUGGCAACCUGGGCCCAAAGGGCUACAUGGGAGACCCAGGACCAAAGGGUAGACCAACCUUUCAGUACAUCGAUCAAAAUGGGGAUGCAGGAAGUAUUGGCAGCACUGGACCUCCAGGACAAGUGGGGGAGCCAGGGCACCCUGGGUGGAAUGGCCUCCCAGGACUACCAGGGCAGUCCCUCAUAGGUUCACCAGGCCGGCCAGGUGGCCCAGGGUUCCGGGGCGCAAAGGGGGUGAAGGGGGACCCCGGGAGGUCCUACACGGUCCCCAUACCGGGAGAGCCUGGCCUACCGGGGACCCCAGGGGCCAAGGGACCUCCCGGUCCUCCAGGACCCCCAGGGUAUGCCUGCCUCCCAGGUCAGCCUGGAGAUGAAGGAGACCAAGGCCCACCUGGAGCUCCGGGGGAAAAAGGAAAGAGAGGCUGUGCAGGGGAGUGUUUUUGUGAGGAGGACGGUGCCCCAGGCCCUGUGGGCCCUCGGGGGCAGCCAGGGCAGCCCGGGGUGCCUGGCAGAGAGGGCAAUAGGGGAGAUCCUGGCCCCCGCGGGGACGCAGGAGGACCCGGACACCAUGGAAAUCCAGGGUUCCCAGGUUUUCUGGGGUCAAAAGGUCAGAAAGGGGAACCCUAUGUGGCACACAUUAAAGGGGUGAAAGGUGAGAUGGGCUUUCCCGGUCCCAGGGGCACCCCCGGUCUCAUGGGAGAAACAGGGGAAGAUGGAGCUCCUGGUUUCCCAGGGGACCCCGGACCACCGGGUGACGGUCACUCAGGGUUGCUGGGUGACAGAGGGUACCCAGGACCAGAUGGGUUCAGAGGCCCCCCAGGACCCACCGGACCGCCAGGCCCUGGGAUUGCGGGCCCGGUGGGGGUGCCGGGUCCCCAGGGAGAUCCGGGCCCCCCGGGGAAGACAGGGCUCCAGGGAACAAAAGGCGUCAAAGGUGACACACUGCCAUGUAUAAACCCGAAACCCGGCCCACCAGGACCGCAGGGUGACCCUGGGCCAGCCGGUGAUCCGGGCGUUCCAGGCCUUCCAGGUUUUCCGGGACAUUCCGGUUCUGCCGGCCCUAAGGGAAGGAGAGGCGAUCCUGGGUACCCAGGAGUAACCACAGGGGUAAGAGGGGUUCCGGGUGAUCCAGGACACCCAGGCCGUCCUGGGGCGAGCCUCCAGGGACCACCUGGGCCACCAGGUCGAAGUGGCCUCCGGGGGCCAAGGGGGCAGCCCGGCGAGGGCAGGGGUGCUCAAGGACCCCCGGGACCUCCGGGCCUACCUGGGCUACCUGGGACACCUGGGCCGAAAGCAGCUCGUGGCCCUCCAGGCCUACCGGGAUCAGAAGGACCCCGAGGACAGCCCGGCAGAGGGGGUCGGAAAGGGGACCAGGGAGAGAGGGGGGACCCAGGCCUGACAGGUCCGCCCAGCCCCUGCCCAUGCCCCUGUACCGAUGAACCUGGGCCCCCAGGCCAGCAGGGCCCCCCCGGGGACAAAGGCUCCAAGGGCUCCCCAGGUUAUCCUGGAGAGAAAGGCAUGCUGGGAGAGGUCGGCCAGCCUGGCAGAGUCAGGAAGGGGCCUUCUGGUGACUUGGGUCCUCCGGGACCCCCUGGGCACCCUGGACCUCCCGGCCCCCCAGGAACCUCGGGGGACCCCGGAAAUCUGGGGCAACGCGGGGCGAAAGGUAACCGCGGCCCCCCUGGCAACGCCGGAUCUGCUUUACCUGGACGGCCAGGCCCCAUCGGACGGCAAGGAAGGAAAGGGGAGCCAGGCAUCGAUGGCCCUGCUGGGCCACCUGGACCCACGGGGCUGAAAGGGGAAAAAGGGCCACGAGGCCAACCUGGGAAGCCUGGAUCCAGGAGCAUGUUCAAAGGGGUAAAGGGGGACCAAUUGCGGGGACCACAGGGAUUCACUGGUCCCAGAGGUCAGAAAGGACGGCCAGGCAGCAGUGGCCAGUCCGGCCAGGACGGGUUGCCAGGUUUCGCUGGGUCGCCAGGUCAAUCAGGGAUACCAGGGGCUGGCCCACCUGGCCUACCGGGCCAUCCCGGGGUACCUGGAGGCCUGGGGUGCAAUGGGUCACUCGGUUUCCCGGGAGACCAGGGUGACCUUGGGCACAGUGGCCCCCCCGGACCCCCCGGUCCGUUUGGGUACUCCGGAAUGAAAGGUGACAUCGGAGACUCAGUGAACAAUCCGGGGCCACCUGGACUGCCUGGUCCCCCAGGAGAUGGAGGAAAACCAGGUGGUGCGGGUUUGAAGGGUGACAGAGGGGACCCAGGUUUCUCUGGCCUCACAGGGAAAAGGGGGGGCCCUGGUCCCAAAGCAUGCCCUGGCCCACCAGGGCCUCCAGGACCACCUGGUUUCCCAGGUCUGACGGGUGCACAGGGGUAUGCCGGCCCAGCAGGGCCACCAGGACCAAGCGGCCGUCCGGGGCCCCCAGGAAACCCUGGCCCCUCAGGUGCCCCAGGACCUCCAGGUAUCGCCGGUCUGGAUGGUCUGAGAGGCGUGAAGGGAGAGAGAGGGAGCAGAGGCAGUGGUGAGUGGGGCCCCAGGGGACCCCAAGGAUUCCCCGGGGACCAGGGACCUACAGGCAGCCCUGGACCAAAAGGCACAUCUCUCUGGGGUCCCAAAGGACAGAGGGGGCGUGAGGGGUCACCAGGUGAACCAGGACUCCCUGGUGAUGCUGGUGUUCCUGGCAGAGACUGCUAUGAUGUCAACCAUGGACCACCAGGAGAGCCUGGUAAUCCUGGUAGUCCCGGGCAACCAGGGCCGCCAGGGGUUAUUGGGCUGCCGGGGACGGUGCUUCCAUUUCGGGGGGAAAUCGGGGAUCCCGGUUUACCAGGACCCCCAGGUCCGAAGGGGGAGGCGGGUCCCAGAGGACUCCCAGGAAGCCCAGGGUUUCCAGGGCCACCGGGUUCCAAAGGCGCAAAAGGGCUGAUGGGAAUGAUGGGUAUCCCAGGGACCGGGGGCAUCCCCGGCCCUGCUGGCCCCCCAGGAUGCAGAGGAGACAAAGGGAUGACUGGAGAGCCAGGUGCCAAAGGUCCUCCUGGGGAUUUGGUGAACCCUGAUCCGUUCCCCAGACCCGGUUCGCUGGGCCCCCCUGGUCCUCCUGGUCCUCCGGGGCCUCCUGGCAACCCGGGACCAAGCGGAGAAGAAGGUCCUGCAGGGAGAAAGGGUCAGCCAGGGUCACCUGGAUUACCAGGUACAGUCGGAACCCCGGGACCAGCCGGAGUUCCGGGAGAGCCUGGCAUUGACGGAGUGCGAGGGUUUGCGGGACCUCAAGGGGCCCCUGGUCCGCCAGGUGAGCAGGGACCCUCAGGUACUUCCAGGACCUACAGUCAUGGCUUCCUGUUGGUGAUCCACAGCCAAUCAGAAGAGAUUCCUGUUUGUCCAGUAGACAUGGUCACUAUGUGGAAUGGCUACAGUUUACUAUACCUGGAGGGGCAGGAGAAAGCGCACACACAGGACCUUGGUCAGGCCGGGUCGUGUCUGAGGGUCUUCAGCACCAUGCCGUUCUCGUACUGCAACGUGGCCGCCUGCGACUACGCCGGGCGGAACGACAAGUCGUACUGGCUGUCCACCACGGCGGCGGCGCCCGCCGCGCCCGCGUCGGGCCCCGAGAUCCGCCGGCACGUCAGCCGCUGCGCGGUGUGCGAGGCGCCCGCCCCCGCCGUGGCCGUGCACAGCCAGGACGGCGACACGCCCCCCUGUCCCCCGCGCUGGAGGAGCCUGUGGGCGGGGUACUCCUUCCUCAUGCACACGGGCUCGGGCGACGAGGGCGGCGGGCAGUCGCUCACCUCGGCGGGCAGCUGCCUGAAGGACUUCCGCAGCCAGCCCUUCAUCGAGUGCCAGGGCCCGCGCGGCACCUGCCACUACUUCUCCAGCGCCUACAGCUUCUGGCUGACGCGCGUGGGCGUGGCCGAGCAGUUUAGCCCCGCCCCCGCUGCCGGCACACUGAAGGAGGCGUGGCAGCAGCGGCAGACCACCAGCCGCUGCAACGUCUGCAUGAAGGAGUGAAAGAAAACCCACGCCACCCCCCCCAAUCCCAACCCCGCCUCUCAGCUCCCUAACACCACCCCCCAGCCCUGACUCUAACUCCACCCCCAGCCCUGCCUCUCAGCUCUCUAACUCCACCACCCCGCCCCGCCUCUCAGCCCUCUAACUCCACCCCAAACUCCACCUCUCAGCCCUCUAACUCCACCCAAAACCCCUGCCUCUCAGCCCUCUAACUCCACCCAAAACCCCUGCCUCUCAGCCCUCUAACUCCACGCAAAACCCCUGCCUCUAACUCCACCCUUAGCCCCACCCCCAAGCCCUCUAACUCCACCCACCAGCACUGCCCCUAAGCCUCAUGCUCUCCAAACACUACGGCUGCGUUUAGAUCUGAGUUUACUGCUUUCUCCCCUUGCUUCAAGGGGGGAAUCCCCGAAUUGCUGAGAUGAAACCAAGUGGUGUUCGGUUCCAAUUUAUGAAAGAGGAGUGCGCAAUUACAUUCCCUCAAUCCCUAAACUUUCCUCCCUCCUGCCGAGGGUAUAGAAUGCUAAAGGGCUGCUCACGCCCGUUUUUUUCGUUUGUUCCUAAUUUAUCCUCCCUUCCAGUGCACCUGUUAAGUUCACUUGUUGCACGGCACUGUAUGGCUUACUCAAGGGAAUAGAGCGAGGGAAGUGAACGUAUUAAAGUGGAUCCAACAGCAGCUCACAUAAACCCUCCACUCCUGAGACUGCAAUCUCCAUAUGUUUCCUCUUCAUUUUUACCCUAGUGCAGUUAAGAAACGGCAAAACACAAGUGCUCAGCUGAAGUUAUUGUAACGCAGAUGUACAUGUUCCUGUAAAUGCAUCAUGUAGCUGUAUCCUUAGUCUGCUGUCUGUAUUUCAGUCCAUUGGCUAUUCCACACAUUCUUUUGAUGCACUAAUACUCCGCUCCAUAUUCUUCUUAACCCUCUGAAGAGUAGGUCUUUUUGGAAUGUUUUUUUUAAUUUGUAUUAUUCUAUUAUUAUAUUUA